CACCCCCGCUCGAGACGCGCCACCCGUUCAGAAUUCCGCGGAUUUUCCACGAUAAUCUGGUUCACGGCAAUCUGCGCCGAAAUCGCAGUGUAUCUUUUAAAAAGGACUGGAAGACGUCUCGAGGGAGAAAAAGUGAAAUCGACUAAGCGCGUCGCAUAGAUCUUCUUCAUUUGACACGCGAUAAACAACGUAACUGCACCGUCGUUCGAUGUUAUUUCGCAAACAUCCGAAUCCGCGGAAUAGAUAAUCUAGGCCCUGUCAUCCCCACGUCUUUCAAUUCUACCGAGAUCCACCAUUGACCAUGAGUUGCGUGCGUUGCUGCCUAAUCAGUGCGGGUCGCUUAGCCUCUUCUAAUCAUGUUACCAGCCAUGUACAUAAAAUUGUAAGAGUCGUCGUGGCCAGUAGAACUCUGACGAUUAGUGGUAUCUUGAAUAAAGCUCCAACAGAACCUACACCACCUUCCAAAGAUACCACUUCAUCAAGUGGAUCUUCGAACAAUGGUACUGGUGGUGGAAAGAAGAAUACGCUUACUUGUCCAAAGUGUGGAGAUCCCUGUACCCAUGUUGAAACAUUUGUCUCAUCCACAAGAUUCGUCAAAUGUGAAAAGUGCCACCACUUCUUCGUUGUGCUGUCAGAAAUCGAUUCAAAAAGAAGUUUGAAAGAGGCACUUAGACCAGAAGACAGUAAGCAAGGCUUCUAUAGAAAGCCACCUCCACCUCCAAAAAAGAUAUUCGAGUAUUUAAACAAACAUGUUGUGGGUCAGGAAUAUGCGAAAAAGGUGCUGAGUGUUGCUGUUUACAACCACUACAAACGGAUUUAUAAUAAUUUACCAGUUCAAAAUUCGCAAACGCAAACUAAUGUUAAUCCAGUCACACAGGAGACUCAUUCCUUCACUCAUCAUGGAGGUCCUAAACCACAUUUACUGCAUAUAUCAGGCAUUGGAAAUCCAUUUCCAGGAGUCAGUUUUCAAUAUCCGGUCAAUACAGGCGAACAGAAAGCAAGUCAAUCAACUCCUGGAUCAGCUAUAUUAGACAGCAAACAGCAUCAGCUAAAGUUAGAAAAGAGCAACAUAUUAUUACUCGGUCCUACGGGCUCUGGCAAAACAUUGCUCGCACAAACGAUAGCGCAAUGUCUGGAUGUUCCGUUUGCUAUCUGUGAUUGCACCACUCUUACGCAAGCCGGCUAUGUUGGCGAGGACAUUGAGAGUGUCAUAGCUAAACUCCUUCAGGAUGCCAACUAUGUAGUGGAUCGUGCUCAGAUGGGGAUUGUCUUCUUGGACGAAGUCGAUAAGAUAGGAGCUAUCCCUGGAAUCCAUCAAUUACGUGAUGUGGGCGGAGAAGGUGUACAGCAAGGAAUGCUCAAGAUGUUGGAAGGAACAAUUGUGAAUGUACCGGAAAGAAAUAGCUCGAGAAAGUUGCGCGGAGAAACAUUGCAAGUGGACACUACGAACAUCCUUUUUGUCGCAUCGGGCGCUUAUAGCGGUUUGGAUAGAUUGAUAGCGCGACGCAAAUCGGAAAAAUAUCUCGGAUUUGGCGCAACGCCCGCAACAGAGAGCUUGGGUAGAAGGGCGGCGACUUUAGCUGAUGUCGCCAAUAUGUCACCUUCCACCGAAAGAGAUAACAAAGAAAAAGAUAUGUUGUUGCAACAAGUGGAAGCUAGAGAUCUCAUAGAUUUUGGCAUGAUACCUGAAUUUGUUGGCAGAUUCCCAGUAUUAGUGCCUUUUCAUACUCUCGAUAAGGCUAUGCUAGCGAGAAUUCUUACCGAACCAAAAAAUGCCAUCAUUCCUCAGUAUCAGAUGUUAUUCUCGAUGGACAAGGUAGAGCUAACGUUCGAUAUGCCCGCAUUGGAUGCAAUUGCCUCUUUGGCAAUGGAAAGAAAAACAGGAGCACGGGGUUUGCGAUCGAUAAUGGAAUCACUGCUUUUAGAACCUAUGUUUGAAGUACCAGGCAGCGAUAUAGUGUCCGUUCACAUCACAGAACCGUGUGUGAAAGGCAUCGAAAAGCCUCAAUAUGUGAAACGAGAUGAUAGCAACGAGGAUGACAUUCAACAGGCGCAGCAUGUACAUAAUUAACAAAUAAUUAAAGAAUGCGACACUUUGGUAUAAUUCUUUGUUUAUCGAUAGAUGUUU